CAAUUCUUCAUAGACUAGUCCACGUACGCAUUGUCUGUGCACUAUUCUUGGCGAAGCAAUUCAGAGCCGAAAUCGCCGGAUGCCAAUCUCUUUUCUUUUCUUUUCCUCUCUCAGCCCAGACAAUUUUCGCUCCGAAUAAUAGUGGGCCCACCCCAGCACGUCAUCCCGAUUAAAGGAGUGACUCUUUUUUUCUUCUUCUCUCCCUUUGAAAUAACUCUUCGAGGCGUUGACUACAAAAACUUUCGCUUUUCAAAGACGCCAUUGACCUCACGACCGUUGGAUUGUAACGAACCGCGUUAUCGACGUUGGGAACGACUUUUUCGAGAGGGAAUACGUUUCGGCAAUACUUCCGAAUCUCGGUCAAUAUGCCCGACUCUGGUAGCGAUAACCCCGAAGCUGGGCCAAAGGGAGAGACAAAGAGCCCUGUGGUCAGCAGAUUCACGACGGAGAUUGAUACGCGAUGGGGUGAUAUUCUGCUUCUCAUUUGCUUCUUCGUGGCUGGUCUCGUUGACAGCGCUGCGUUCAACAUGUACGGCUGUUUCGUCAGUAUGCAAACAGGAAACACAAUCUUUGUUGGUCUAGGCGUCAGUCAUCAACCCGAAAACCUUCCUGGGAAAGCAUGGUCUCGCUGUUUUCUCGCUAUUGUCUGCUUUGCCCUUGGAGCUCUGUUCUUCUCCAGCUUCCAUCGAUUUUUCGGACCUCAGAAGCGUUGGGUCCUUAUCACGUCAUUCCUCAUCCAGGCUCUUCUCACUGGUCUGGUCGCUAUCCUCGCUACGACCGGCGCAGUUUACAACCAUCCCCACGGUCGGGAAACAGUGCACGAGAAUGGCUGGAUUAUCGAGAGAGUCCAGGACUCAUUCCCAGCAACUGACUACGCUGCCAUUAUCAUCCUCGCUUUCCAGAGUGCAGGCCAGAUUGUCGCCAGCCGUGUCCUCAAGUACAACGCCAUGCCUACAAUCGUCCUGACAAGUUUGUACUGCGACAUGAUGAGCGACGCAAAGCUCUUCACUGCACCUAUCAAUGACAAUGCCGAUCGAAACCGAAGGGCUACUGGAGCUGUACUUCUCUUCGCCGGCGCUGUUUCUGGUGGUUUCUUGUCAAAGUCUUGGGUUGGAUUCGCUGGAGCUCUUUGGAUCGCUGCGUUCCUCAAGCUGUGCAUCACUUUCGCAUGGAUCCUCUGGAAGCCCAAGUCCUCCAACAAAUAGACGAAUGUAAUCCAAAAUGGUCGAAAAAGGUCGAAUUAUGGUAUGCCUUGUGGCGCGUUUAGAUGUGAGCAUUGAUAUCCAAUAUCUAGAUGUAUUAGAUGGUUAGAAGUUUAUAGAAUUGAAUAGAAUAGUAAUUAAUUGGAGAAUUUGAUAUCUUUUCUCAGAAACCGA